AUGGCCAACCGUCCACAAGAUUACGACGCUAAGGUGCUCACCAUCGCCGAUCUGGCCUUGGAGGCCCAGAAACGCCUUCCCCCGGUUGUCCGCGAUUACUUCAACGAAGGCGCCGGCGAACUCAUCACCCUCAAAGACAACGAAUCCGCCUAUAACCGCUACAAACUCAUCCCCCGAGUGCUCCGCGACGUCGACACCCUCGACACCAGCACCACGAUCUUCGGGCAAAAGAUCCGAUUCCCCUUCGGCUUCGCCCCCGCCGCAGCGCACAAACUCGCCCAUGCCGAUGGCGAAAGCGCGACCUCCCGCGCCGCCGGGAAAAACAACAUCCCGAUGUGUUUGUCCUCGUGGGCGACGACGGGCAUCGAGGAGGUGAUUUCCAACGGAAGUGGGAAUCCGUAUGCCAUGCAGGUGUCGUUUUUUAGAGACGUGGAGAUUACGAGGAGGAUUAUUAAGAAGGCUGAGGAGGCGGGAUAUAAAGCGCUUUUCGUGAGCGUGGACCUGCCAGUGCUAGGAAACCGGUUGAAUGAGUCGAGGAAUAAUUUCAAUUUUCCGAGUGAUAUGCGGUUUCCAGUUCUGGCGGAUGGGAUUGAGGAGUUGGGGUUGAAGUCGACGUAUGAGAGGGGUUAUGAUCCGACAAUCCGCUGGGAUAAGACGAUUGCCUGGCUGAGACAAAACACGAAGUUGGAGAUUUGGCUCAAGGGGGUCUACUCCCCCGACGACGUCCAGCUCGCCAUCGACCACAAAGUCGACGGAAUCAUCAUUUCCAACCACGGCGGUCGUCAACUCGACGGUGUCCCUGCUACGCUGGACGCCCUGCGUAUUUGUGCCCCCGUGGCUAGAGGCAAAAUCCCUCUUGCAAUUGACGGGGGUAUCCGGCGCGGUGCGGACGUAUUCAAGGCUCUUGCCCUGGGAGCGUCGAUGUGCUUUGUCGGUCGGAUCCCCAUUUGGGGAUUGGCUUAUAACGGUGAGAAGGGCGUUGAUCUGGCGAUUAAGAUCAUCUAUGAUGAGUUUUGUCGCACGAUGAAGUUGACUGGAUGUCGGACCAUUGCGGAUAUCACGCCGAGUCAUUUGGGGAUAUUGGAGACGAAUGGGCUGUUGGCUAAGCUGUGA